CCUCGGCCCGCCUCCGCCCUGCACCCCUCUCCACGGCGGCGGAGGUGGGGGGCGGGGGCCUGGCCCUGCGCGCUGGAAGGAACAGCUGCAGCCACGCUGGGCUCGCCUGGAAUGCGGGAACCGGCUGCGCACCAGGACUUUUAUGGAAACUUGCUGGGGGAGACGGCGGCGGCCACAGCAGCAGCCAGACAGACGCACCGAGCCAGCGGCGGCAGCCGAGCAAAGCCCAGAAAUCCAGCCCGCGCCCGGGCGCGCCACGCGCAGCGCACCGCACCGCACCGCGUCUCCGGGUCCCCGCGUCUCCGCGCGCCAGCAGAACCCUCGCUCGCCGCAGGCUCUGAGCCGGUACAAAAAUAUACAAGACAUUAUAAUCAUCUGAAGGCCUUACAGAGCAAAAAUGAAUGACAUUUCCCAAAAGGCUGAGAUUCUGCUUUCUUCAUCUAAACCUGUCCCAAAAACCUAUGUGCCAAAACUUGGCAAGGGUGAUGUAAAGGAUAAAUUUGAAGCCAUGCAAAAAGCCAGGGAAGAAAGAAAUCAAAGGAGAUCUAGAGAUGAAAAGCAAAGAAGAAAAGAACAAUAUAAUAGAGAGAGAGAAUGGAACAGGAGAAAGCAGGAGAUGAAAGAAUUGCUUGCUUCUGAUGAUGAGGAAGAGGGAUCUUCUAAAGUAGAAAAAGCUUACGUUCCAAAGCUAACAGGUACUGUUAAAGGUAGAUUUGCUGAAAUGGAGAAACAAAGACAAGAGGAACAAAGGAAAAGAACAGAGGAAGAACGAAAACGCAGAAUUGAGCAGGAUAUGUUAGAAAAGAGGAAGAUACAGCGUGAAUUAGCAAAAAGGGCUGAAGAGAUUGAGGACAUAAACAAUACGGGGACUGAAUCAGCAUCAGAGGAAGGAGAUGUUUCACUACUUAUAACAGUGGUGCCUGUGAAAUCACACAAAACAUAUGGAAAAACAAGAACGAAUGUUGAAGACCAAGAAAGAGAAGGAGAAGAAAUCGAGGUCAAAGAUGAAGAAGAUAAGCGAAUUAAAUAUGAAGAACAACGAUGCUCCCUCAAGGAAGCAAAGUGCCUUUCAUUGGUCAUGGAUGAUGAACUGGAGAAUAGGGCAAAAAAUAAUUCCCACUCUCCUGGAAAACUAAAACUAACUUUUGAAGAAUUGGAAAAACAAAGGCAAGAAAACCGAAGGAAGCAAGCUGAAGAAGAAGCAAGACAACGCUUAGAAGAGGAGAAGCGAGCAUUUGAAGAAGCAAGACGGCAAAUGGAAAAUGAAGAAGAGGAAAACCAAGAUGCAGAAAAAAAUUUUAAAGGAUACCGUCCUGGUAAACUCAAGCUUAGUUUUGAAGAAAUAGAAAGACAAAGGAGAGAAGAUGAAAAGAGGAGAGCAGAAGAAGAAGCCAGAAGGAGAAUAGAGGAAGAAAAGAAGGCAUUUGCUGAAGCAAGGAGAAGCAUGGUUGUAGAUGAUGACUCCCCAGAGAUGUACAAAACAACUUCUCAAGAAUCUCUUACACCAGGAAAACUGGAAAUCAAUUUUGAAGAAUUAUUAAAGCAAAAAAUGGAAGAGGAAAAACGACGAACAGAGGAGGAACGAAAGCAUAAGCUAGAGAUGGAAAAACAAGAAUUUGAGCAAUUGAGACAAGAAAUGGGAGAGGAAGAAGAAGAAAAUGAAACCUUUGAACUAAGUAGGGAAUAUGAAGAGUUAAUCAAACUCAAGAGGAGUGGUUCUAUUCAAGCUAAAAAUCUGAAAAGCAAGUUCGAAAAAAUUGGACAAUUGUCUGAAAGAGAAAUACAGAAAAAGAUAGAGGAAGAACGUGCAAGGAGAAGAGCAAUCGACCUUGAAAUUAGAGAGCGAGAAGCAGAAAACUUCCACGAGGAUGAAGAUGUUGAUAUCAAACCUGCAAUAAAAAGUGAGGCUCCCUUUACUCACAAAGUAAAUAUGAAAGCUAGAUUUGAACUUAUGGCUAAGGCAAGAGAAGAGGAGGAACAAAGAAGAAUUGAAGAACAAAAGCUAUUACGUAUGCAGUUUGAACAAAAGGAAAUUGAUGCAGCUCUACAGAAGAAAAGAGAAGAGGAGGAGGAAGAAGAGGGUAGCAUCAUAAAUGGCUCCACUAUUGAAGAUGAAGAGCAAAGCAGAUCAGGAGCUCCAUGGUUUAAGAAGUCUCUAAAAAACACAUCAGUUGUAGACAGUGAACCAGUUCGAUUUACAGUUAAAGUAACAGGGGAGCCCAAGCCAGAAAUUACAUGGUGGUUUGAAGGAGAAAUACUGCAGGAUGGAGAAGACUAUCAAUAUAUUGAAAGAGGAGAAACUUACUGCCUUUAUUUACCAGAAACUUUUCCAGAAGACGAAGGAGAGUAUAUGUGUAAAGCAGUCAACAAUAAAGGCUCUGCAGCUAGUACCUGUAUUCUUACCAUUGAAACUGACUACUAGGCUCCCCUUCUCUCUCCCUGGAACACUCUUUCUCCAACUUUCUUACUACAUCCAUCUUUUUCCUAUGACGGGGCUAAAAAAGGAAGCCAGAAGCGUGACUGUGUUGCCUUCUUUUCCUUUUCCUAAGUCCUCAAAUACAAAGCAUCUGAAGACUACCUUCUUGCUUUCCAAAGAGCACCAGAUACAUCACAAUGGGCUACUGUAAAAUUCAACGUGUACUUAAAAGGGAAAGUGGGUAAUGUGCUAAUUUUAUCAGAACCUACUUAUGUAUUUUCCCUAUAACUUUUAGCAACCAUGUUUAAAAAAAUACCAACACAAUAUUUUGCAUGAAAUGCCAUUUACAUACCUAAAUUAGUCUGAAUAGCUAAUAAUUAAUCUGGAAUCUUAUUAAUUUGAGUGAACUUUUCCUAUUAGUAAAUCAUUUGGUGUUGUAGCUUCAAAUCAUUUCUAAAGCACAUGGGGAAGGGGAAUGGAGGAACAGAGGUGAGCCUGUGCUAGAUGUCAUUCCUUAAGUGGGUAGAAAAUUAAAGGCUUAAAUUUUCCAGA